CGAGCCCAGUGACGCCGCUCCGCUGCAGCCGCUCCCCACGCCCGGUGGACCCUUCCCUCUCCAGUCCUCCCUCCCACCCGCCCGCACAGCUCCCAUCCACAGUGCUGCUGCUGCUGAGUCCCGGGUGAGAGCCACAGCGCGUCCAGCCUCGUCCAGCUCCGCGGACACGAGUUUCAGCACGAAGCCGAGCGGGGAAGGGCUUUUUUUUUUUUUGUAUCAGGGAGCCGCUCCAGACCUCGAGGAUCGUCCUGGGAUCCCAACUUUGAGUGGAUUUAGGACAAAAAGGACAACAACAAGGGAGCAACUCUUGCAGAGAUAAAGAGGGGGGGAAACCGGCAGCCAAAAUGGAGGUGAAGACGUCACUUCUGGACAACAUGAUCGGGGUGGGCGACAUGGUCCUCCUCGAGCCCCUGUCCGAAGACUCGUUCCUCGAAAACCUGAAGAACCGCUUUGAGCACAAUGAGAUCUACACAUACAUUGGCAGUGUGGUGAUCUCCAUGAACCCCUACAGGUCCCUGCCCAUCUUCACACCUGAGAAAGUGGAGGAGUAUCGCAACAGAAACUUCUACGAACUCAGUCCACACAUCUAUGCUUUGGCAGAUGAGGCCUACCGUUCACUGAGGGACCAGGACAAGGACCAGUGCAUCCUCAUCACUGGGGAGAGUGGGGCGGGGAAAACCGAGGCCAGUAAGCUGGUGAUGUCAUAUGUGGCAGCGGUGUGUGGGAAGGGCCAGGAGGUGAACAAGGUCAAGGAACAGCUGCUGCAGUCCAAUCCCGUGCUGGAGGCUUUUGGGAAUGCCAAAACAGUGAGGAAUGAUAACUCGUCCAGAUUUGGAAAGUACAUGGACAUUGAGUUUGACUUCAAGGGAGAUCCUCUGGGUGGAGUCAUCAGCAACUAUCUGCUGGAGAAGUCCCGUGUGGUGAAACAGCCACGAGGAGAGAGGAACUUCCACGUCUUUUAUCAGCUCUUGUCUGGAGCCUCCGACGAAUCACUCAAGAAGCUGAAGCUGCACCGGGACUUCAGCAAGUACAACUACCUGAGUCUGGACUCGGCUGCGGUCAACGGGCUGGACGAUGCGGCCAACUUCCGGACAGUCAGAAAUGCCAUGCAGAUCGUGGGGUUCAUGGAGGACGAGGUGCAGUCGGUGAUGGAGCUGGUGGCCGCCGUGCUGAAGCUCGGCAACAUCGAGUUCAAGCCGGACUCGCGCAGCAACGGCAGCGACGAGAGCCGCAUCAAAGACAAAAACGAUUUGAAGGAGAUGUGCGAGCUGCUGGGGAUCGAACAGUCGGUGCUCGAGAGGGCGUUCAGCUACCGUACAGUAGAGGCUAAGCUGGAGAAAGUCUCAACCACCCUGAACGUGGCCCAGGCCUACUACGCCAGAGACGCCCUUGCCAAAAACCUCUACAGCCGUCUGUUUAGUUGGCUCGUUACUAGGAUCAAUGAGAGCAUUAAAGCACAAGGUAAAACUCGACACAAGGUCAUGGGUGUGCUGGACAUCUAUGGCUUUGAGAUAUUUGAGGAUGGAGACAACAGCUUUGAGCAGUUCAUCAUCAACUACUGCAACGAGAAGCUGCAGCAGAUCUUCAUCGAGCUGACCCUGCGUGAGGAGCAGGAGGAGUACAUCAGAGAGGGCAUCGAGUGGACCAAUAUUGAGUAUUUCAACAACGCCGUUAUCUGCGACCUCAUUGAGAAUAACCAAAACGGCAUCUUGGCCAUGUUGGAUGAGGAGUGCCUGAGGCCUGGGACGGUCACCGACGAGACGUUCCUGGACAAACUGAACACAAUCUGUGCUGAGCACCUGCACUUUGAGAGUCGUCUCAGCAAGAAUUCAAAGUUUCUCACGGACCACAGCCUGCCUCACAGCUGCUUCCGGAUCCAGCACUAUGCCGGCAAGGUGCUGUACCGUGCCGAGGGAUUUGUCGACAAGAACAACGACCUGUUGUACCGAGACCUCUCACAGGCCAUGUACAAGGCAAACCACAAACUCAUCAAACAGCUGUUUCCUGAGGGCAACCCUGCCAAAGUCAACCUGAAGAGACCCCUGACUGCUGGGUUCCAGUUCAAAGCAUCAGUGGGCACGCUGAUGAGGAACCUGCAGACCAAAAACCCAAACUACAUACGGUGCAUCAAGCCCAACGACAAGAAAGCAUCCCACAUCUUCACCGACUCUCUGGUGCGCCAUCAGUUGCGCUACCUGGGCCUGAUGGAGAACGUCCGUGUCAGGAGGGCGGGCUACGCCUUCCGCCAGCCCUACGAGCCCUGCCUGGAGCGCUACAAGAUGCUCUGCAAGCGCACCUGGCCCCAUUGGCUAGGACCCGCCAGGGAAGGAGUGGAGGUGCUGAUGAGCGACCUCCCGGUUCCAGCAGAAGAGUUCUCGUUCGGCCGCUCCAAGAUCUUCAUCAGGAACCCAAGAACGCUCUUCUUCUUGGAGGAGAGGAGGAGGCAAUGCCUGCAGGACCUGGCCACGCUCAUUCAGAAGAUCUACCGUGGCUGGAAGUGCCGCGGCCACUUCCUGCUGCUGAAAAAGAGUCAGAUAGUGGUGUCAGCCUGGUACCGCCGAUACGCGCAACAAAAGAAAUACCAGAAGAUCAAGAGCGCCACCACAGUGGUGCAGUCCUACACCCGAGGAUGGCAGGCCCGCAAACUCCUGAGAGAGCUGAAAUAUCAGAAGAGAUGUGUCGAGGCAGUGACCACCAUCUCAGCGUUCUGGCACGGCACCCAGGCUCGGAUGGAGCUGAGGCGUCUAAAACAAGAAGUGCGGAAUAAACAUGCCGUGACAGUAAUUUGGGCAUACUGGCAGGGAACCAAGGCCCGGAGAGAGCUGCGUCAGCUGAAGGAGGAGGCGAGGAAUAAACACGCCGUGUCGGUCAUUUGGGCCGGCUGGCAGGGCACCAAGGCUCGCAGGGAGCUGCGGAGACUGAAGGAAGAGGCCCGGCGUAAGCACGCUGUCGCUGUGAUUUGGGCCUACUGGCAGGGACUCAAGAUCCGCAGAGAAUACAGAAAGUUCUUCAGGGCGAACGCAGGCAAGAAGAUCUACGACUUCACCAUCCAGAGAAUUAUGCAAAAGUACUUCCUGGGUCUGAAGAGCACCUUGCCCUCCAUGUCACCCAUAGACAAGAACUGGCCUGCAAGACCCUAUCUCUUCCUGGGUGGAGUCCACUCAGAGCUCCGGAGAAUCUUCCAUCUUUGGAGGUGCAAGAAAUACAGGAGCCAGUUCACAGAGGAGAAGAAGGCAGUGUAUGAAGAGAAGCUGGAGGCAAGUGAGCUCUUCAAGGAUAAAAAGGCUCUCUACCCGAGCAGUGUGAGUCAGCCCUUCAAAGGAGACUAUCUGGAGAUCAACAAGAACCCCAAGUACCAGAAGCUCAGCAUAGCGAUGGAGGACAAGGUUCUGCUGGCGGAUGUGGUUAACAAGAUCAACAGAGCAAAUGGAAAGGGAACGGCUCGGCUCUUCCUGCUGACUAAGAACAGCGUGGUCCUGGCCGACCAGAAGACGGGCCAGGUGAAGGCCAGCGUCCCCCUGCCGGACCUCACCAGCGUGUCGGUCAGCACACAGAGCGACGGCUUCUUUGCUCUCAAGCUCAAGGAGGGCUCAGCCUCAGCUGUCAAAGGUGAUUUCUUACUCAGCAGUGAGCACCUGAUCGAGAUAAUCACCAAAAUCCACCGCAUGGGCACCACGGCUGCAGACCGGGAGCAGCUGGACAUCGACAUCUCAGACGAGUUCCUGGUGCAGUUCAAGCACGACAAAGUGUGCGUGAAGUUCAUCCAGGGAGUCCCCAAGAACGGCAACAGCGUGUCCUGCAAGCGCAAGAACAACCGCCUGCUGGAGGUGUCGGUGCCCUCAACGGCAUAGUGCAGCCCCCCCCCCCCCAGCCCAUCAUCCACCUUCUCCCUGCUUCCAGUGCUGCUCUCGAGGGCUCAGGCUGGGGGAGGGGGGAGAUAAACGCAGAACCACCACCCACUCCGAAAGUCUGGUCUUGAGAACCAUCAUCCCAUUGCCCACCCCGAGCCCCUCCCCCCACCAAAAAAUGACAGUGCAGUUAUUUGGCUUGUUGUGUUGUUGCUUUUCCUUCAGUCUCUUCCUAUCAGAUUUACUUUGGCACCACUUUCGCUGUAAUCAUGUGCCACUUUUUUCGGUAGAGAAAGCCUGUACCCCGGGUUGCAUGCCGCAGAAAUUUGGUUUUAAAAAAAAUGUUUCACCGGUGUUUUUUUUGUAAAACUGGGGUCGAGAGUUGAAGAAAACAAAAAAAGAUCUUGGUGGAGCACAAGAGACUUCAGUGUACCAGCGGUGAUGUGGACGAUUGUUCUGCCUGUACGGUGAGUCGGUCCUCAGAGGAAAAUGUCUAUCAUCUUCUUUUCUGACGAGCCUCGACUCACCCGGUUCUUCGAGAUGAGCCGGGACCUCGUGCUCGGCUCGGCCUGUUUUAGAGUUUAGCUUCUCUGAUGAUGAAAGUAAAAAAAUACUGCACUUGUUUUCACCUCGGUGUAACCAAAAGAGGAUGAGCGGGAAAGUGAAUUUGAUUGUAUUGAUGUAUUAUUUUCUAUAUAUAUAUUUUUUCUCUCUGACAAACAGAAAUAGCACAGCGGGGCAGUUGAGAAGUCGGAUGUGAUUUUUUUUUUUUUUUGCUCGAUUAUUGUAAAACCACUUUUUUUUUUUUGUAUCAACAAUUCCUACGUGCCAUUGAACAGGUCCCACGACUUGUCACGUGUCGGUGUGCAAAGACGAACCACAUAGGUGAUUGACCCCAUUCACUUACUAGUAUUGAUCAAAUCAAGGCCAAAAACAAUUGAAUACGGGGGCGAAUCAAGCUAUGGUGGUAGUUUUUUAUUUUUGAUUGCGUUGCACAUGCGAUCGAUCUCCAUUCCCUCUACAAGCACAAGUUUGCGAUGAAGCUUCAUUUCACCUGCAGAGUGAUUUCCGACUGAUUUCAUAUCCUUCACACUUAGAAUGUCACGUCUGACUCAAAGAACAUCCGCUCCUUUUUUAUGUGGGAUUUAAUUAAAGAUGCUGAAAAGGGCAAUAUAGACAUUCCAGUGGAAAAUGAAAACCCUUGAUACUGAUGUUUUUUUGUGUGUGCAAUAAAUUAAAACGCUUUUUCUCAAUUAUUCUCAAAGAGGCAGUAGUGAGAACCCAUAGCAGUCGCCCUCACUGUACCAUAGCUGUACAUAGGCUCUUAAGGUCGUAGCCCUGGCAUGGACAAAGGGUUUCUCUAGUAUCCUCAUAUUAAUUGCUGUGUUUGUGAAACGGCUGUUUUCUGUUGUUGUUUUUCUUCUUCUCGCCACCGCAGCUUGACUUGUCGUGCUCGAUUCACUCUGUCUUUUCAAGACCAAAAAAAAAAAACGACAUGACCAUUGAUAUCUUGCUGUAUCGUUUAAAAAAAACUAAAAAUCAAACCAGUUUAAACUUUUACAACUUUCUAGCACGCUCACAUUGCAAGAAGGAAAAAAAAAACUGGUAGGCAUAUAUUUACACACAAGCCAAAUAUGAGUAUCAAAGAAGCAGGAGUGCUAUAUUUUCAGGUAUGUUGAUUAUAAUCAUCUGUAUUUUGGAUGUACUGGGUGUGAGUUUUGUACCGUUGGUUUCUAAGUCAACCAGCCAAACUUGGUCUAGUCUUUAGUUUUGUAAUCCAGAGUAUCUUGGGUUGUAUGUUCUUUGUAUGUUUUUAACGACACACACACACACACACACACGACACAGGGACUUGAGAAAUCACUUGUUGCGGUCCCACGCGUGGGAACGUUUGAGCCAGUUUUGACGUGUUUGUUCUUCGGGCUCCGCACUGUUUCCACGCAGCUUCGCUAAGGUGACGUCUCUCGCUCUUUUCUUUGUCUCGUAUUUGAACAAUGGCUAGAGCUGCAAAAUGGUCGUCUGCAUUCUUGUGUGCCUAAUGUUAACCUGUGCUGAGACAUGCAACAUGGGAAUGUUUCAGUAGAAGUCAAUGUAACAUUUGCAAGUUAUCUUUUUUUAAAUUAAAUAAAAAUCAGUAAUAAAUAAAUGUUA